GCUGUAUUUCAAGCCUGAAGAAUUAUCUCCCUUAAAGCGCCUUUAUCGUUACAAAACGUGUGUUAUUAUAUAAACUACAAAUGUAGUCUAGACUGGUAUUAGACAUUGUCAAACAGUUGCGAGGAAUAAUAACUCCUAAUGGUAUUAUAUUAUUUUUAAUUCUUCGUAUCCAAUUCAUUUCAGUAAAUUUGAUCAUGGCUUUACCAAGAUGUUGUGUCAAUACAACCUUUAAGAGGUUGGCAUGGUCGCAGAGGAGAAACUUAGUUGUACAUAAAACAAAGUUCAUUUCCUGUUCAAUAAACAAUAAGACUUCUAAUGGAUGCAGAUGUGAGGGACUUCAGGUGGCAUCACUUAUGAAGCAAGAAGGUCAAGAACUUAAAGAAAUGCCUAUUUUAGUCCGAGUAAAGAUGGACAGCAUACUACCUCAGCAAUCCUUUACACACAGUUCUAAAAAUGGUGUAACAUUAGAACUUUCAGACCAAGAUAAAACAAUUAUAGCACAACUUGAAGAUUGUAAAACUGUAAAUGAGAUUGUGAAGAAAGUAGAAAUUCCAUCCAUAGGAUUUACAAGCAUUUCAGCAUUGUUGAUUCUCCAGAAAAUAUUGCUCUUAAAUGAGACACAAAAGAAUAUCACUCGCUUUGAAUCACACUUUCAAGACGAUUUCAUGAAUGAAUUAUACAAAACAAUUAACACAAGCAUCUCUUCAUAUAGUAAUACAAUAUUAAUUUCACUGGUGGAUGGAUAUUGUAAAUCAGAAGCCUUUAGAUCCAAAUGUACAGAAAGCAUUAGUGAAGAAAUUGAACAACGACUUUGGGACAGUAACUUUUCAAUAUCAGAGUUAUGUACCCUGAGUCAUGUUCUUGUUGGCCAUGACAAUCAGUUACAACGUCUCCUACAAUUAAUUUGGGUUCACAUGUGUCAUAGGGAUGAAGAAAUUGAUGAAAGAAAUUUAUCAUCUGUAUUCCUGUCAGUUCCAAACAUUCCUUUGUGUGCCAAGAAAAAUGUAUUUGAAAUUCUGUGGAAGAAGUUCAACAGAGUUUGGUGGGAAAUUCCCGGGACAGAUCUUUCACUUAUUGUUUCAGCAUUAAAGUUACAUAAUGUUAAGAGCUGGACAUUUUAUGAUUUGAUUAGCAAAUGGUUACUUGUGAAUAUAAACGACAUGGUAGCGGAAGACCUCAUCAAAGUUACGGAGGGGUAUUUAACUUUGAUGACACAUUGUGAUGUUUUUGUGCGGGCCCUUGAAUUAUAUAUAAAAACACACAGCUCAAACAUGAACAUAGAUUUACUAGCUACUAUCAUGAAAUAUCAACACGUUAUGAAUUUCUCCUCCCCCAAAAUUCUUGAUUGUGUAGCAAACAAUUUUGAAAAAUAUGUACAUUCUUGUGAUCCAGCUCAGUUGUACCAUAUCCUGGUACCAUUUGGACAUUUUAACUACAAACCAGAGCAGUUAGAUGAUAUGUUCCUGGUGGCUGAAGAAAUCAUACUGAGAGAUUUUGAUAAGUUUGACCCUGUACACAUCACUGAACUACUGGCUAGUUUUGUUUACCUGGAUAGAUUACCUUUAAACUUUGCCUCACAAGUGCUAUCUCUUUCAUUUUGGAGGAAAUGCAAAGAGACCUGUUCACAGUCAAGUCUAGAAAGGAUAUCAGUAUGGAUGUCGACCAUCAAGUAUGCUGUAAAAGAUACUGGUGCUUUACAGAGAAGACUACAAACUGUCAGACAUGCUUUCUAUGAAAUGAGGAAUAUAUCAAGAAAAAAUAUUGAGAUUUCAAAGAACCAUGAAAGAUAUUUCAUGCUGAACAUUUUAGCUGAGCUUGAGAGAAAGUCUUGUGUAGUGGAUUCAAAAUAUGCAUUUUGGAAUGAUACUUUCUUCAACUUUGGUGCCCUUAUAUUUAUUGACCAGAAUAACAGGGUUGUUAAUUUACGUGACCUGAUACAUUAUAAUCACAGGAAAUGGUUUAGUGAGACCAGUGAGAAAGUCAAUACAAUAGAUAUAGGGGACAUAACCAAGAAGAUACCAGAAACUGAGAAAGAAUCAUUUAAUUUUCCUGUUGUGGAAAAAUUAUCUGCUGAUAAGAAGACAGACAAAUGGAUAAGCACACAUGGUGUCAUGAAUAAUGAAAAAGAGACUGUCAUUGAGGAAAAAUAUGCCAACUUUUUGCCAAAUUUGGAGGGACAGUAUGCUCUCUGUUACCCAAGAUUCAAGGAAAGAAAAGAUGUUACAUUGGAGAGUUUACAUGCAAAGUUUGGUGUUUUUCCUGGACUGUCUGAAGUACGCAUUAUUCCAAAUUUAAUAUUUGUGAGAUAUUCAAUCAAAGACAGCGGUGUACGAUGCCUGGAAAAAUAUUCAAGAGGUUUAUUGAUGAGAGUUGCUGAAGAAAGGGCGAAGAAAAGUUCUAUAGAAGAAAAUGAUUAUGACCUUAUAUUGAAGAAAACAACCAGUGAUUAUUCUGUGAGUGAUAGUGAAGGAAGUUCAAACAUAGAUGUGCCACAGGUAUUAGAAAAGUUGACAAGAAUGAUAUCAGAAUCUCAAAAGGAGAUGUUCAUUGUUGUUGACACAGGCAUGUUGAUAACAGAUCUAGAUUUGAUACAAGGUCUUACAGCACAUGGUAAACCAGCUUUAGUAUUUCCUUGGGUUGUGAUGCAAGAAUUGGAUUUUUUGAAAAAGGGAAAGACGUCAAUAUCCUCUAAUACUAUUGAAACAGCCCAGAAAGCAAGACAUGCAGUUCAGUAUUUAUACCAAUGUUUUCAAUCUAGUCACCCACGUGUUGUUGGACAGACACCUGCACAGGCAAGAAUUGCUUCUGAAGUCAGUGAUUUUAAAGCAGAAUGCAGUGAUGAUAGAAUACUACAAUGUUGUUUACAAUAUCAAAGUAACAAUCCAGAUUGUUCAGUAUUGCUGCUGACAAAAGAUUUGAAUUUGUGCAAUAAAUCUCUUAUAAAUGGCAUUAAGGCAUUUCCACUAUUGGAAGGUGAACAACAUUUUGAUAAUUUCAAAAAUAAUAAUACAGUUGAAGAGGGCAUAUCCAACAUGUCCAAAGAAGACAGGAAUGACAUGGAUAAAGACCACCCUAAAGCAGAGGGAUUAGAUUUACUAUUCCAAACCAAUGAUAUCAUGUCAGAAGAUGGAUUGAUCAAUGAUGAAUGGCAACAGGAAACAGAGAAAACAUACGAAGAACUCCUACAGGAUAUCAAAUAUUUUACAGACACAAAAAAUAUUGGGAAGCCACUAUACCGCAGGUUACAGGAUAAAAUUAUAGAUGAUCACAAUUCAACAUUGAGGCAGGUUGCAAUUUUACCAUACACUUCUGAUUGCUAUUGUAAAAACACAGGCAGACUUUUGGGAGAAUAUGCCAUUCAAAAGAAGUUCUUGGAGGAAAGGCAUUUUACAGUUGUCGAGGUCAAGUACAGUGAAAUGCAUAAAAUGAGAGAAAAGUUGAAAGAUUUUAUUCCACUUGCACAUCAGACAGAGACAAAACAUUUAAGACAGUUAAAGCAUAUUGUAUAUCAAAACAGAUUUCCAUUGUAUUUUAUUUCUUAUUGACUGUAAAUCAAAAGUACUUAUCCUGUUACAUGCUGAUAUGAUAGUAUUGUAAAAGUUUAACCAAAGAUCCAAUCAGGGAUUUUUUUUAUGCAAACCCAAACAUGUUUACACAAUGUUGUACAUGAAGAUAGGCAAAAUAUUUAAUUUUUAAACUCAGGAAACUUUUUAUGUCCCAUUUAUGAGCAUUAUGUUUUCUGGUCUGUGCGUGCAUGUGUUCGUCUGUCUGUCCCGCUGCAGGUUUAUCUUUUGGUUGAGGUAGUUUUUUAUGAAGUUGAAGUCCAAUAAACUUGAAACUUAGUAAACAUGUUCCAUAUGGUACGAUCUUUCUAAUUUUAAUGCCAAAUAAGAAAUUUUUAUCCAAUUUUCAUGGUCCACUGAACAUAAAAAUUAUAGUGCAAAUGGGUCAUCCGUGUACUUGGGACAAAUUUUUGUUGAGCUUUAAAAUAUAAAUUUUGUGGUCAUGCAAAAACCAUUACUCUACUGGUUUUAUAUUAUGCAUAUGGUUGCCAUCAUAGGGGUUAAGGUGGUACCUAACACUACAGGGAGAUAACUCUGUAAAGUCAGCUAAAUGUUUUAAUUACGUUGUGUUGUAAAAAGAAUGUUAAGCUUCUCAAUGAUCAAAAUUGGUGUUUGUCAAACUGCUAUAUAAACUGUAAUUUUUCUGACAAAAUGGUUGGUUCAAAAUUUUUGAAAUUUUUAUAUUUUUGUUAAAAGGUCAAAGUAAAUACUUUAACAAAGUUUUAUGAAAAUUAAACGAGCCAAAUUAAUAUUAGUUUAAGUGUUGGGUACCACCUUAAAUUGGACUGGUAAAAGAUUGCGGUGAGGUAUACACCUGUCAAUAUAGAAAUGUUCAAUGCUCUGUAUGUCAACUUUAUCAUUCCUUUAUUCAUUUCCAAAUCAAAUCCUUAAACUUUACACAAUGGAUCUCAUAAAAAAAAGGUGUUUUGUUAGUUGUCUUACUUUUUAAUAGUGAAAAGCUGAAUGACAUUUGUGGUAAAUUAAUUAACCGAUUAAUGAUUUCGCUUUAUCCAAUUUAUCAGCAAAUGUUGAAGAAAGUAAUUGUACAAAACAAAAUAUUGAAUUGUAUUUUUUUAAGUUUUUUAUUUGUAUUGAUUUAAAAACCUUAUUAUAGACCUUUGUUUUAGUGGUUUACUGACUGUACAAACUGUCAAUAUGAGCCUUUUACAUAAUUUUACUGGUAAAACAAAUCUUAUUUGAUUAUUUUUAGAAGUCUUUCUAAUUGUGUUCUUUGACAUGUGUUUUUUUAAAUGGAAAUGUAGGUUUUUUUAAGGAAGAUGAUCAGCAAUGGUUUUAAAUGAAUCAUUCCAUAAACUUAUUUAUCCAGAUUCUAA